AUGCUAACCACGCCUUCAGAGCUUACUAUGCAGUCUGCAAUUGAUGUUUUCAACGAGCAGACACGUGACUUGCCGAGGGACCAGAUCUAUGAUGCAAAGGACUGCGAUUCCGUGAGCUCCCAUAUCACCAGAGAAGUCCCUCUGGGCUCCAUAAGAACAAAUGGCCCUGCUUCAUCCGCCUCUCAAGACGAGAUCAGUGCCAAAGACCUGUGCAGUGCCAUUUGUGGGUGUCUGUGGGUCUACAAGGCGCGGAGACUUGCACGAGCUGCUACUAUAGAGAAGUAUACUGAUAAGGCGUCUGUUGUGACCAGGCCCCGUCCGCCUGCGAGGCUCAUCCGACACAUGGUCGACGAGCACAGGAAGUAUGCAGAGGAGCCUAUCACUGCAACGUCUCCCCUCUUUACUGUUGGUAAUGGUGUCGGAACUUGCGACUUGCCUCCUCAAUUCGCCUAUUUCUUCCAGUUUUCACAUCUAAGCGCCACCAGAAACCUUCUCUGCCUGGAUUUGGACGAGACCCUCGUGUGCUCCAAGCAACGGACUCCGCAGACCCGUGAGACUGAAGACUUUUACGUCGUAGUAGAGCAGCGAGGGAAGCGCUACGAAUUCUCCGUUAUUAAGCGACCUGGACUGGAUGUCUUCCUGGUCAGUUUGGCUGAGCUCUACGACUUAGCAAUUUUUACGUAUGCCAUCAAAGAGUAUGGAGACAAGAUUGUGAACAUCAUUGAUCCGAACAGGCUAAUUAAGUACAGAAUGUACAGGCAGCAUUGCGUCAAGUAUCUUGUCGAUAAGCGACACGUCAUUGUCAAGGAUCUGAGUAGAGUAGGCAAGCCCCACAGCAGUAUUCUUCUCAUAGAUAACAGUGCUAGUACAGGAAUAUGGCAGCGCAACAACUUUCUCUUGGUGCCGUCGUUCUAUGGCGACGAACGGGACAAGGUGCUCUAUGAACUCAAGGAGCUAUUGGAGGGGAUCAGUAAGUGCAAAGACUUUUAUACAGAGAUCCAGAGCCUUCGAUCUGUCAUGUAA